AUGGGCGCUCGUACCUAUCCCACAAAAAUUUGUCAAGAUCAAGCUUUCAAAACGAUAUAUAUCGCGUCAGAGCAGCGCUGGCUGAUUGCGAUCUAUGGAGUGAAGUUUGCAGUGCCGGCACCAGCGACAAAAUUGGAAGUAGAAUGGCCCCGAAUCGCAGAGAAAGAGAGCAAUUGGGUGGAAGCCGACUUGCUAUCAGGAGAUUCAGAACGACAGAUCGAUGUCACUGGGACAAUGGCAACAAAAGCAUCGGCAGACACUCGGGUCCACGGGACGUGGAGAGAGAUGACUGAGGCAGAACAAGCCAGGCGGGCGAGAAGGAGUGAGGAGGAGGAGGAGGAGGAGGAAGAAGAAGAAUGGAGGCGGGAUUGA